ACUACCAAAAUAAUCCAGAAAACAAAAACUGAGUCGUUAAAUUACCCUUCUUUAAACGGCCAAAUACUGUACAUAUAGGCUACUGUACGCCCAUCUGACAUGUGUGUAUAAAAAUAGCUCAGACGGAGAUAGGAACGGGUCCUGUGUGAACUUCCACUCAUAACCCCGAUCAUGUACAUGAGUCGUUCCCUUCUCCGGCGCGUGGUGCUGAACGGACAGCGCCCUUAACUUUAACCUGCAUGGGCGUGGCACUUCAACUAUCAACGGGGCGACGACUAAAAUUAAAAUAAUAAAAAUUAAGAGUCAUUAUCUAUUCUGCGACUACGCCGACCAUACAUUUCUCUUUGUGUUCCACAUCCACAGCGUGUUCCUUAAACACACAGAGCGAAUGCUAACAAAGGUAUCUCACAAUAGGCAGUAAGUGACAAUUCAUCCGGGGAAAAAACCCUCAGAUAUGGACACAUUACAUCGUUAACCCUCAAAACUCCGCAUCACUUCCGCUGUUUCUCCUCUCCUCUCUCCAGCAGAGCGUCACCUCAUCCUCCGUCGGUCUCACGUCUAUACGGUAACAUCUCUGGAUUUUCUCUGAAUGUUUGUCAUCGCUUCAGUAGAUAUAAUACUAUCAAAUCCUGAUGGGUAUCGUUUAAUAACAACAUCAUUUGCACGGUCCACGUUUAUUUGCAUUCAUUCUUCGUGUUAUUGUAUUGUUCAGCAGAUUGUUCAACAUGAGUAGGCAUCUUUUCUAAAUGGUUUUGCGACUAAUUGUAUAUUAAUACGCAGGGCUGAAUGUUGUGGAUAAUAAAAUGUAUUGUUUUGGCGACUCAUGCAGUCAAAAAUGUUUUGUUUUUAUUAUGUCACUUCAUUUAAAUGUUUACAUUCCGUUAGUAUUCCUUUAAGAUUUCUCUAACAUCUAUAGGAGCCUCCUCGCCUCACUUGCAAUGUUGUGUCUCGCCUCCCAAUGGGGAAGCUAACAUUUAGUGUCCACAGAGCUCUCUAGCCGGAGGUUUACGUGCCUUUGCAUCCAUCUGACAGUAUUCACUGAGAGAAAUGUCUGCUGCCGGAGAUGUGCCUGCGUUCUUCCAGAACAUGGGGAGCUCCAGCCCCAACCAGCCACGGCAGAAAUUCUGUGGCAUGUUCUGCCCAGUGGAGGGUUCGGCGGAGAACAAGACGCUGGACUUUGACUCGCUGUCCUCAGGGAAAAGUCGAGUGAUCGAGAGGCAGAAGGAUAUCACCAAACCACGAAAGGUGGAGAUCAGGAGAAGUACUGGAAAAGAGAUUCUGCAGAACCUAAACGACGAGAGUGACCGUCUCUUGAUUAAAGGGGGGAAGAUUGUGAACGAUGAUCAGUCGUUCUGUGCCGACAUCUAUAUGGAAGAUGGCCUGAUCAAGCAGAUCGGAGAGAAUCUGAUAGUGCCUGGCGGGGUGAAAACCAUCGAUGCUCAUGGGCGCAUGGUGAUGCCGGGUGGCAUUGACGUGCACACACGCUUCCAGAUGCCUGACAGGGGCAUGACUGCUGCCGAUGACUUCUAUCAAGGCACCCGCGCUGCACUGGCCGGAGGAACCACCAUGAUCAUUGAUCAUGUGGUUUCUGAACCCGGGACGAGUCUGAUGUCGGCCUUCAAUCAGUGGCGGGAAUGGGCGGACAGCAAAGCGUGCUGUGACUAUUCUCUUCACGUGGACAUCACCGAAUGGCACAAGGGUGUUCAAGAGGAGAUGGAGGCACUCGUCAAAGAUCACGGCGUUAACUCUUUCCUCGUCUACCUGGCUUACAAAGAUGUGUUCCAGCUCACUGAUUCCCAGAUCUACGAAGUGUUCAGCGUCAUCCGGGACCUCGGGGCCAUCGCUCAGGUCCACGCUGAGAACGGAGACAUCAUAGCCGAGGAGCAGCGCAGGGUUUUGGAGUUGGGGAUCACUGGACCAGAGGGACAUGUCCUCAGUCAUCCAGAGGAGGUGGAGGCGGAGGCAGUGAACCGCUCCGUAACAGUGGCCAAUCAGACCAACUGCCCUCUUUACAUCACCAAAGUGAUGAGCAAGAGUGCCGCUGAUGUCAUCGCCCAGGCCAGGAAGAAAGGCACCGUUGUGUAUGGAGAGCCAAUCACAGCUAGUCUUGGUACGGACGGCUCACACUAUUGGAGCAAGAACUGGGCCAAGGCCGCCGCCUACGUCACGUCUCCACCCUUGAGUCCGGAUCCCACCACACCGGACUAUCUCAACUCACUGCUAUCAUGUGGAGAUCUGCAGGUGACAGGAAGCGCUCACUGCACCUUUAACACCGCCCAGAGAGCUGUGGGCAAAGACGACUUCACCCUCAUCCCCGAAGGAACCAACGGCACUGAAGAACGGAUGUCCAUCAUCUGGGACAAAUGUGUGGUAACUGGAAAAAUGGACGAAAAUCAGUUUGUGGCCGUCACCAGCACCAACGCCGCUAAGAUCUUCAACUUGUACCCACGCAAGGGCCGCAUCGCCGUGGGUUCAGACGCCGAUCUGGUUCUGUGGGACCCUGAUGUCAUGAAGAUCAUCUCAGCGAAGAGCCACAAUCUGGCGGUGGAGUACAACAUCUUCGAGGGCACUGAGGUGCGUGGGGCGCCUCUGGUGGUCAUCAGCCAGGGAAAGAUCGUGCUGGAGGAGGGGAACCUCCACACCACUGAGGGGUCCGGCCGCUACGUGACCCGCAAACCCUUCCCUGACUAUGUCUACAAGAGGAUAAAGGCUCGCAGCAGGCUUGCUGAACUGAGGGGCGUCCCGCGGGGUCUCUACGACGGGCCGGUCUGUGAAGUCUCAGUGACGCCCAAAGCUGUGACUCCUGCUUCCUCUGCCAAAACCUCUCCUGCCAAGCAGCCCGCUCAACCGGUCCGCAACCUGCACCAGUCCGGCUUCAGCCUCUCCGGCUCUCAGAUUGACGACAACAUCCCCCGUCGUAACACUCAGCGCAUCGUUGCGCCCCCUGGUGGCAGGGCCAACAUCACCAGCCUGGGCUAGACGCCCUCCUCCAGUCAACAGGAAAACAGGGGGUUGGGGGGGAGGGAUGUCUACAAUGGAGGUGUUUGCUGAGGCCACAGUGUCACAGCAAGAACCCUCCACAGGGCCUAUGAUUCUCCACUCCCUAGUCUCCCAACCCCUGAGCUCUCGCCCGAUUCCAUUGUUUUUCUUUUCCCAACCGUGCACCACUUCCUAAAGGAGACAUCUAUAGAGAAAAAUAACAAACAACAAAACAAAGUAUUUGCCUCGUGUGAAGAGAGAAGGAAUAAAUGUAACAUCCACAUUUGAGCACUUCUGAUUGUAUGAUUUUUAUACUGUACUUUCUACCCACCACAAGUCAUGUUAUCAUUUUUGUAUUUAACUUUAUUUGCUUUUUGAAAUCAGAGGGAUCAAGUGCGUGUAUUAGAGAAGCUGUUUAUCAUUGUUACUUAUUAAUAAGGUAAGGGUUAGAGUACAGGCUUUCUUGUGUCAUUGUGGCUAAAAGUCUAUUAUAUUAGGAAUGUUGUAAUUUUUGGGAAUCUUUUAUUAUGUUUUUUACUCAAACAUUCAGUUUACAUCAGUAUGAACACCUGACCGUAUUCCGCCCAUGCCCUUUCCGUGGCAUUCAGUACGAUAAUUUCUGUACCAGUCAAUAAAAGAAAGCUUUUCCAGUGGUCGCUGAUUAAAAACCAUGUGUUGUUUCACAACUAGAGAUAUUUAGGUAACACUGUUAAUGUUACUGAAGAAGAAACCGCAUUUAAAAACAAAUAGCUUAGUAAAGUUGGAGAAAAUAAGAGAGGACCGCAGAUGGUUUUGGGUGAAAACCUCCUCUGUUUUGGCAUCAAAUUGGCAUUUGCGAAAGCUGCUGUAAUAUUUAAAAUUUAAGAAGAGGAUAAAGACACGUUUGUAUUUGGUCAUGCAAAAAAGUGAGUUGUUUAGCUAAUGAAGAUUUUUGAAUUUGUGUCAGAACUGUCGAAAGAAGUCUGAGUUGUGAGUUAAAAAGUUACAAUUUCUUUUUAGCUUCCAAAAGUUAGCUAGAGGAAAUGCCGUUAAGUCACUUUUAAACAACAACGUGAAUGUAACUUCGUGAAAUUAGCAGCGAUUUCCUGAUGCACUAAAGCCCAAAGUAUACUUAAGUCUUAACGCAAACACUUGCCGAAUGUUUACAGCCGAACAUAUGCCUUUCAACGUUUAUUUAAUUUCAUAGCGUGCACAAACAUAGCCGCACGACACAUGUGGAGUAGAAUUUAAAACUUGGCAUGUUGCCACCUUGUGGACAAAGUAAUUAGUGCAAAAAAAGUGCAAAAAAAAAAAAAAACUCAUGCGUGAGCUAAGUUUAAAGAGUUACACAUGAUAAGAAAAACUGGGCUCCACGCAUUCUAAGUAAACUUUGGGCUGACAGUCAAACCCCCAGAUGGUUGUUUCUGUAAGUUUGGUUGCAGCGCUAUACAAAUGUGCCAUGUAAGUUGUGAGAUUUGACGGAGUGACUGUGCCGCUACUUUCUAUGUCAACUAAUGUGGUAUCGCAGACCUCACGCUAAUGUGUCUUUUGUAACUUUAACUCCAAGCUGUGCCUGAGAUGUGCUGAUCAUGUUGAGUACUUCUACAAGAGCUUGUUCAUGUUUUUUGUUCAAAACAACUCAAAGGCUGUUAAAAGUAAAAUAGCCGGUUAACCGAUACAAAGGUGCCAGAUUUUUCUCUUGACUCGUCAUAGUGCUUUUGAAAGGCUUUUAAAAGAAUGAGUCAUCACAGCGCCAUUUUUAAUGUCAACAUCCAUUUUAGUGACGUAGUAAAAUGCAACAUACUGUAAUAGUAUUAUAAAAAUAAACGUUAAAAGUUAAAGGUGA